AUGGAACUUCGCGACCGAGGUAACGCAUCUGCCAAAACAAGAUAUUCUGCCAACGGACCAGGACUUUGGACGCGACAGACUGCCGACAACGCGCCAACUCCUGAAUCGCGCAAUCGUUCUGAAGCAAAUUCAACUUCGCCGUCACCAGAAAGAAAACCAAAACGAAAAAGAGAAGAAAGAAAUAUGCGCCCCAGGAGACAUAGGGCGCCUUCGUCCAGAACGGAUAUGACAGAUGAUAUAGAAAUGAGUGAGACGCCAGAAAUAGGUCCAGGACAAAACUACACGCAGAACGGACAAUCGCCAGAAAGUCGGGACGAAGAAAGAGUCAAUGGACGAGAGUCAAGCCAUGGAGAUAUCUCUACAGACGAUGCAAACGACAAGUAUUACUCAUUUGGCAAUCAUAGAAACGAGCCGACUUUUCUCGAUCGCAUCAAGGUUCUACCCGAAAUGCGCGAUUUACCAUGGCGCGAAGACCAGGAAUUACCACCGGAAAGAUCGACCGAGAGUCCACGCGUUCAGCAGAGAGGUGCGUGUAUGGUAGCCACCAGAGGAAGAAUAAUGGCAAACCCAUGUUCGCAUUGUAAACAGGGCUAUGGACGAUUCUCUCACUGUAUUGUGUUGGAAGAAUGGUUUCAAGGAGCUUGCGCGACUUGUAUUUUCACAAGUAAAGGGAAUAAAUGCAGUUUGAGAAUAAAAAAUCUGGGGGAUCAAGAUGCUAGAGCUUUAAGAUAUACGGAAAAAAUCGACCCCUCCACCAAGCGAAAGCGAUCCGAAUUUGAAAAACCAACGUUCGAAGAGGAGAAUAGCAUAUUCAGUAAAUUCAAUUCACCAGGUCAUUAUGUCAGUCCAUACCCACCUCUUCCGUCCAUACCACGACCACCAUUAAGGACCCCCGGAUUGAAGGAAGCUCAAGAAGCAGAAUUGGAUUCCAUGUUACAAGCUCAAAUUGCCCGCGAAGAACUCGAUCAAGGAAAUAUGGAUGAAGGGGAGCCAGGCGCAAAUGGGCAACAGUCACGAGCAACUCCAAUUGUAUUGCAUCGACCACGAUUCUACGAAACUCCUGCGAUCAAACAAGUCAUGCAACAGGGAGGUCCACCGCUUCAAAAUAACCAAUUCACCCAGCCGUUGCCGAUCCACAAUUUUCCCAAUAAUCAAAUUGUUCCAUAUCCUACCCCAGCCGAUGUUUCUAUGAUAAGAGAACGAUCUCUCAUCGAUGAUACACCGAAGAGUACGCAAAAACAACUAUUUACUGUUCUGAGCGGAGUGGCAGGAGGACUCCAACAACUACAAAAAGAAUUGAAUUCGUUAAAGUCGGUUCUGGGAUGGGAUAAUGAAGAUGAUGAACAAGAAGUCGUUCGUCAACAAAACUCAUUGUCGCACAAAGAUUCUCGAUAUGGUCCUUGA